AUGCCUGAGCCGCUGCCCGUCCUCCGAGAUCGACGAGGAUUCGAUGCCUGGAAGAAGGCCCUCCCCAAAGCUCUCACUCCCGAAGAGUGGAAAAGCCUGCAUAGUGAACCGCCCAAUUCUAGGUUUGAAGCCAACUGGCUGAGAUGGCGCAUAUCGGCCUACGAAACCAUGGUACACUCGAUACACGAUUCCAUCUUGAACGGUCUCAUUGCCCACGGCUGCCUUGGCCCCGAGGGUGACCCUUCCGCACUGCGCCUCGCACUAUGCAAAUGGCUUGAACCAAGUUCAUCGCAUACAGCUCAACAAGUCAAGAAGCUGCUGGACGCUGACACGCUUGGCCUCUUCCGUUACCCAGAGACACUCGUGCCUUAUGUGCAGUUCAUCAAGAUCUCUGUUGACUACAACGUCGACAAUGACAGCCCGACUCUGACGGCUUUGCUGCUCGAUACCCUACGAAAGAUACCCACGUAUCGCCAUCGCGUUGAGGCUUAUCCUGAGGAUAUCGGCUGGUACGGAGUCAUGCAGGAUCUUUCCGGAAACUUUUCAGAAAGAAUCCCCCAGGCCUCGGGGCCUAGGGAAAGCAACAAGAGAAUCAAGAGCGAAGAAUAA